ACAAAAGUCACGCUAUAGAGUGUCGUGUUGCGUAGUAGAGUGUCGAGGUGCAAUAUAGAUCCCAAGGUCGCGAGGCGUAGUAUAGGUGGACGCGAGGCGAAAUAGAGAGUCGCGAGGCGUAAUAGUGAGACGCGUAUGUAAUAAUAGAGAGAUGCGAGGCGUAAUAGAAGGACGCGAUGCGUAACAGAAGGACGCGUUGCGUGAUGGAAAGACGCGCAAACAAGGGCGACGCGGCGUGUAGGAAGAGGGGACGCGUACUUUCGCGCCAUUUGCCUUGGUUACCCGUGAAUAAAUUUCGAAUUUUUUCAAUUGACUGGCAAAUUAAUCAAGACAAAACACGAAAGAAAAAGUAAGUUUUUGUAGCAGCUGGGCUGACCGUUCUCUCUGAUUUUUUCUCUCCUGUUUUUUUAAUUUCUGCUGUAUUAUAGUUAUAUUCUGAUAAAUUGUGAGAAGUUGCUAAUUCAUAAGUAUGUGUAGUAGUGAAGGGAAGCAAUGUAGGGCAACGACGACAUUUGUCAACACAGGUAUAGCUGGCACCCCCCCCCCCUCCUCAUAUAUAUUUUCUCAUUAAAAUUUGUAAUGGGCUAGCUAUACUAUUGCUAUAAAUAAUGGAUUAUAUUAUUUGCCCUAGCAACUUUUACUUCCUUUUUUCCUUCCCUUGUAUACACCACCAAUCAACCCCCCUCCCCCUGCAACGAGGAGGGUGCCGAUAAGCCGAAAAAUGUUAUUACACUGCUUGCAUGCUAUUCUGUUAUAAGCAAUGUGCUGUUUUUGUAUUAAUAUUGUGUUUUGUAUCACCAUGUGAUUACAAUGUUUUGAUAGGUAAACAGGGCAGCUUAUAAAACAGAACGUAGGACUACGACUGGUAGUUAAAUGGAACUGUGCGGUGCAUAUGCAUGUGUACAACAACACUGUCAACAGGUGUAUUGUAAUGAUGGCAAAUUUCUCAAGUUUUGGUUUUCUUCAAGUGACACUGCACCCAUUUUCAAGAAUUUUAAAUAAUGCAGCAAAUAUGUACAAUGUUCUUAUUCGAUUUUCCUUUAAGGAUAUUCUUAAGACAUUUUUAAAUUUUUGUCUUACUAUCGUGAAUAUUUAUCGGCAUGGUUGUAAUUUUCAAAACUUUCAAGCUAAAUUGUAUGUGAUGUUUUAGGAAUUAAAAAUUGAUUCAGCAUGCAGAAAGUGAAAGACGCUAUAGACAGACUGAAUAAUGCAUUGGAUGGUCUGUCAUCAUCAACAACAAGUACUCAAAAUAAUCCAAAUCAGAACAUCUUCCAGAGUCCAAACUCACAUCCAAGUCCAAACUUACAUCCAAGUCCACAACAUCAGAGAAUUCUACAAGAUUUCAAUAAGCAAUUUCCAGCGUUGAAUGCUGGUGGUAGCCGAUAUCGCCCACAAGCAAAGAAACCACGUCUCUCUAAUAACUUCAUUAAGGACACAUGGACCCAUAAAUUCUGUGCACUGAGCUACAAAGAUACAUCAGUUUCACCUAAUACACGUGAAUUAAUGGAGCUAAACCAAGUUGGUCUCGGAAUUGAAAAAGUUGUUUUUCCUUCCAAAACUGGAACACAUGCUAUGCUUCUGGAAGAGUUAACAAAAGCUUAUCCAAAAUUAUCAUCACAGAGUGGUGGCAUUGAACUUCUGAGGGCUGAGAGUGGUGGAAUAAACCGACCAUUGGUGUUGAUACCACCAAGAAAAGAUGGAAUUUCGUCUGGCAUUUUUAGGAUUUAUUGUAUGAUUAAACAAACAAGUGGUUUUGUUGACAUUUCGUGUACUUAUGCAGUACUUUUAUUUUUCAGAAUAUAACAUGAAUAUACAACAAUUGAGUCCAGCUGAUUUUAUUAAGAAUUCUGUUGUUGAUACAUUGAAACUAAUCCAGUCGUUAUUGUCAUCCUUUGUUGACGCGAAUACAGCAGAUUUGGAUUAUCCUGUCUAUAGACUUGAUGAACUUUACAGCUUCUGCUCUAGAGCAGCUUUAGAGUAUCCAGAUGUUAUAACCGAAAAUGUACUGAGUAGUAUUCAUCAAGCAUCAGUGAUAAUUCAAUCAGUGAACAAAACUAGUAACGCGGAAACUGUACGGCACAAGAUAGGCAGGCCUUCUUUCGAUAUACCUGAGGAAACUCUAAAAACUUUAGUGAGGUUGAAUUUUUCGCAGACGGCAAUAGCUGAAAUGUUCGGAGUAAGUGCAAAAACUAUUCAAAGAAGAUUUAAAGAGUUUGAUAUUGAACCUAAAUCGCACACUAUGAUUGGUGACGAGGAACUUGAUGAACAUGUCAAAAAAAUUAUUUCAGAUUUUCCUAACUGUGGCAAUGUAGUUCGAAGAAGAAAAUAUAGUGUUGUGUUGCAGCGCCAAGGUCAUUGUGGCAUAUAGACGGCAAUCACAAAUUGAUAAGAUGGUCGAUAGUCAUUCAUGGCGGCAUAGAUGGGUAUUCUAGGCGUCUAAUGUUUCUGUCGUGCGGAUCAAGUAACAAGGCUACUGUAGUACUCGAUUUAUUUCUGACCGCAGUACAAAAUUUUGGCUUGCCGUCGCGUGUAAGAGGAGAUCAUGGGGUGGAAAAUGUAGACGUUGCUUGGUUUAUGAUAUCAAGACGAGGAAGUAAUCGUGGUAGCUUUAUCGCUGGGAAAAGUUGCCAUAACCAAAGGAUAGAGAGGUUCUGGAGAGAUCUAUUCCACGGCUGCACAUACAUAUACCACAACAUAUUCACUUACUUGGAAGAGAUAGGAGCCUUGGAUAUAUCGAAUGAGUUGCAUUUGUUUUGCCUUCAUUAUGUUUUUAUUCCAAGAAUAAAUGCACAUUUUCAAAGAUUUAUCCUGGGCUAUGAUCACCAUCCUAUCCGAACAGAGAGAAACCUUUCUCCUCUUCAAUUAUGGGAAAGAGGUUUGUUGUUGCAAAGGAGACCGUCAGAAGAUGAUAUUGUCGAUGACUGCGAUUCAUAUGGUAUAGAUUGGAGUGUACCGAGUCAUUAUAUCGAAACCCGUGACGAUGCUAUUGUGGUUCCCGAGAUAAAUCAUCCAUUUCAAAGUAAUGACUUAUACCUGGAAUUUUGUAGAUCUAACGAUCCAAUGGCAAAUUGCGAUAACUUCGGUAUCGAAGUGUUUCUUCGAACUGUUCAGGUCGUAGAAAGUACAUUGUUAUGAACACCACUAUUAGUUCACUCACAGAACUUUUGAUUGAAUUGCUUAACUUGACAUUAGUUACAUUAGAUACAUUACAAAGAAGAAAUUCAAACAUUUUGUUCACUAUAUACGUACUAGAUAUUAUGCUUAGGUAAAAUAAAGCUCCUUCAGUUCUUCUAACCACGCGAAAAAAUAGCCACAGCAGUAGUCAUUUAAUAAGUUCUUCCCGUGCCUAAUUAUAGAGCGCGCUCUUUUUUGUUUCCCCGUCCCAACGUCGAAAAGUUGUAUUAUGCCCUGAUCGAGGUUGUUAUUCUGCUUAUCAUAACUCCCCUCUAAUAGGCAUAUAAUAUACACGAGAGGUUAUGAUGAACUAGUAGCCCUUGUACACCAAGUAUGGAAUCUUUUUUUUUCAUUUUUUCCUUUUAAAGUAUUCAUGACAAGAAAAAAGUGAAGAUGUA